GCACAUUACACGUAUCGUUCGGCAAGUAAAGCUUUUAUUCAGCUUAUCGUGAUACAAAGCCCGGAUUUCUUCAAUGAAACAAAGUUUGAAAAUCAAAACGCAGCAGUAUAAUUGUGUUACGAUUGUUGAGACAAUGUGUAAGCAUGUUUCGGGAGAAUUUUAUUGAGAAUCUUGUGGGUUAACCUAACCUCAUUUGCGAUUUGCUAUAAGCACAAUCGUGAACUGCCGCAAAAACAUGACAAUAGCUUUCGAUAAAAAUGAUUUUCUGCAUGGGCGGAUUUAGGAACUGUUGUCUGAGGGGUAGCGGUAGAUUUUGAAAAGCGAGGGUGUGGGGCGGCUUUUGCAAGUUUAGCACUCUGAGAACAAAAUUUAGGAGCGGGUGGUAUUUUUACCGAUUUAAGUCUUGAAAGUGAUUAUGGAAUGAAGAUUGAAAAUAAAUCCUACGUAAGUCGUGCAGUGCAGCUAAUCGACCACCACACCCACUAUAAUAAAUUGCACAGGUACACUAGUGGUUACCCAAGUGCAUUUGAGCAGUCAGUGGCUUCUAUGAUCCAAGUGAGUGACUGUCAUACGAAACAUAUUAAAAAUAAAUCUGAUGGCAUCGGAUCCAAACGAUGUGAAACAUCUAAUUGAUCCGCUCGACCUCCACUCCUACAACUGAUUUAGAAAGCACGCGGGUACCUGCGAACAUUAUUACAGUUGCAUUUAGCUGUUUUUUUGUCAGUAUUGUGCCGGCCAACGAAAAACAAGAUGAGCCCAAAUGAAAGAGAGAAGUCAAUCACAGGUUCAAAUGAUGCUGCCAUUGACGAUAUCAAAGUUGUGAUGUCAGAAAAACCAAGCAUGAAAUCAGCAACGAUAGGAUUUGCAAUCAAACUUUUAGGAAAGCUCGCGCCACUUCUUUUGGGAUACAUCUUCUGUUACAUCAACUUAUCGCUGACUUUACCUGUGGUGAUAAUAAUCAGUUUGAUGUGGCUGGAGCACAAAACAGCGAAAGUAUCACAAAGAAUCAGGAACAAAUCGAAGGCCACUUCGAUGAGUCGGCAUGAUGUCUUGAAAGUAGUACCCGAGUUACCACCUUGGGUACUAUUUCCUGAUCGGGAACGAGCAGAAUGGCUGAAUGAGAUCAUUGCACAGUUAUGGCCCAGUAUAAGCAGCCAUUUGGUGAAACGCUUUCGGGGACCUUUACAAACAAACGUCAGAAAGAAAUUCGACUCCUUCCGAUUUGAGAACGUGGAUUUCGGACCAUCGCCGCCGAAGAUUGAUGGAGUCAAAGUUUACAAGCGGUCCCUAACGAAGGAUUCCGUCAUAGUGGAUUUUGACAUAUAUUACGAUGGAGACUGUGAUAUUGAGUUUUCAAUGUCCGGGGCGCAAAUAGGACGAAUAAGGGACUUUCAAUUUGCUGCUCAACUACGUCUGGUAUUGAAACCAAUAAUGAUCAAGCUGCCAGUGGUAGGCGGAAUUCAAGCCUUUUUCCUCAAUACACCUGAUAUUACUUUCGAUUUAGAAGGUAUAUCAGGAAUACCUGGGUUUAGCUAUUUCAUUAGACAGAAGAUCGAAGAAAGAUUGACAAAGAAGUUCGUGUUUCCAAACAAAAUAACCAAGAGGUUUUUGAAGGAAGUUGAAGCUGCCGAACUAAAGUCGCUCGAACCCGCCGGCGUUCUACGAGUUCAUGUUUUUGAAGCCAAGAACCUUGAAGAGAAGGAUGUUACAGGAAAGUCGGAUCCGUAUGCAAUUCUAAAUGUAGGUGCACAGGAGUACAAAACAAAAGCAGUUAAAAGAGAGUUGAAUCCCAAGUGGGACUACUGGUGCGAGUUCAUCAUUUUGGAUCCAUAUGAACAAUACCUUCAGUUUAAGUUAUUCGAUAAAGACGCUUUCAACGAGGAUGAAUUUUUAGGAAGCGGUUUGGUAGAAGUCCAUUCGGUGAUCAAAGAAGACGAAAGUGACAAAUGGUUCCAACUGGAUCAUGCAAAACAUGGAGAGAUCCACCUGCGAUUCACUUGGUUAAAUUUAUCUGCGGAUAGCAGUGAUCUGGAUGAGGCUCUAAAUGAAGCAAAAGCUCUGAAGGUAAACGCUGUCAACACUGCACUGCUAACCUUGUAUCUCGAUAUGGCAGAGGAUUUAGAGGUUGUCAAGUCAAAGAAGCCUCAUCCGUACGUCCUCAUAGCUGUUGGGGAACAGAGACAGAAAAGUAAAGUGAAGAAACAUACGUGUGAUCCUAUAUGGGAACAAGGAUUUUCGGUACUUGUACCUAACCCAGAAGAAGACGCUCUAACACUGACUGUAGUGGAUAAACAUUCCGAUGUAGAAUUAGGAAGCAUCCAGUACAAUUUGCGAAGCCUUUUCGACAUGCCUUGCAUGCAGACGAGUAAAGAAGUCUUGCCUCUUUCUACGUCUGGAAGAAUCGUCAUUUCUUUGCAGUUAAGGAUUUUGAAAAGUGGAACUUUAGAAAGCGAUGACGAAAGCGAGUCUAGCUCCGAUGAUGAUGACGUGCCUUUUCGCCGGGAAGUUCGAUUAAGUAAAAGCAAGAUUGUUAGUAGAAGUCAGUCAGCGAAGUCGUUGAAAAAAUCUCCAAAAGCAGAUCAUAAACAGCCUUCCAUAUCUUCAACGGACGAGAAGAAAUCGGACACCGAAGAAUUAUUUACAAAAAGUAAAGCACAAGGUGUUACGAGAGCACCUAGCAUGAGAACAAAACCAGAAUUGGGACAGAUGGAACUGACAAUCAGUUAUAGCGCUCCAAGGCAAAAGCUGAUAGUAACGGUUCACAGAAUAACGAAUCUACCCUCUAAAGAAAAUGACCCGCCGGAUGCUUACGUCAAGAUCAAGUUGAUUUCCCCGGUGUUUCAGAAGCUGAAAAGCAAAACAAAGGUGAUAGUAGAUAGCUGUGAUCCAGUAUUCGAAGAGACAUUCGAAUAUCUAGUUUCCGAAUCCGAUUUACCAAAUAGCAAGCUGGUGCUAACUGCGAAAAGCAAGAAAGUAUUUUUCAACUCGGAUAUCAUUGGACAGGUGGUGAUAGACUUCAAGAAAUUCCAUGACGUAGAUGAGCCCGUCCGUGAAUGGUUCGAAUUGCAGCAUUCAGAGGAUUCUGACUGACUCAAAUGUUGCUUCGACUGUUUCAAAUGUACAAGUGCUUGAUGUAAAUAUGUUGCUUGUGUUAUGUAUAUUUUAUGUAUAUUUUUAUACGCUUUUCAUACACUUUAUUUUGUUGUUAUGUAUUUUCAAGAAUGUAGCUUUUUUUAUUCCUCUAUAUACACGGUAAUAAAUGCCAGGCUUGUUGA